GGACCCGCGCGGCCGGGGCUCCCGCCGGCGGGCUGCGGAGAACGCGUGCGCCGUGCGCACCAGCCGGGCCGCCUUCAGCACUGAUGGCGUCGGCCGUCCCUCCAAACUUCUCCUGGGUGGUGCCCGGCAAGCUGGCAGGGCUGGCCAUGCCACGGCAGCCCGCACACUACCAGUACAUGCUUGAGCAUGGCAUCCGGCACCUGGUGUCGCUGACCGACCGCAGCCCGCCCUACCACGACACCUGCCCUGGCAUCAAGCUCCAUCGCCUCCGCAUCCAGGACUUCUGUGCCCCAUCGCUGGAGCAGAUCAAGCACUUCCUGCAGAUCGUGGAGGACGCCAGCACCAAGGGCGAGGCCGUGGCGGUGCACUGCAUGCUGGGAUUUGGCAGGACGGGAACCAUGCUGGCCUGUUACCUGGUGAAGGCCCAGAAAAUCACUGGGGUCGACGCCAUCCACGAGAUCCGGAGAAUCCGGCCAGGAGCCAUCGAGACCCAUGACCAGGAGAAAGCCGUGAUCCAGUUCCACCACCACAUCAAAUAGCCACAGCCGGCGGCGCCCCCCUCUCCCUGCACGGGGGUGGAGGGUAGAGGGAGAGUGCUGCUCAGCUACACAGACACCUGCAGGAGGACCCUACUGGGCCUGUGGCUGGGCGUUUCUGGACCCAUGGAGGGGACCUUCCCAACACCUCUCAGCAGGGAGUGCCUGGCUGCUGAGGGGAGCAGGGGCUGGGCUCAGAGCCUGGGGCCAGACCCCAUUCUUGGCAGCAUCUGCCUGCACUGGGCACGAGUUGCCCCAGCCCCCUUUACUCGAGGCAGAGAGGAUGAGCUCUGAAUCGGGGAGGGGCAAGGGGCAGCGACGUGGAAGGGGGAGCCCCGUAGGGCAGCGUCUCCUCCAGUCCCCUGUGAUCCUUGCCUUGGGAGAGCCAGGCCCCUAGAUGGAGUGGGGCUUUGCCCUGCAGGGAGGCUAUGCAUGCCUGCAGGGUGUGUGGGCUGGAGCCUGUCCAGCCAAGGGCUGUAGAUGAGGCUGGAGGUGUUGGGGGGUUUAUUCUUCUGAGCUGCUGCAAACGUGUCCGCCCCCCGCCCUGAAUAAAAGAAGCUGGCGUUGG